AAUGAAUCAAGUUUGGGUAUUUUUUAAGCUCAUUGAAAUAUGCCUAGGCAGCCUCUGCAUGUCCUUCCAUGUGUUGGGCUCGCUCUACAAGCCCGAGCCCAUACCCCACAUCAUACUGUACUGCGCCACCUUUGGCUCCUACACGCUGCUGGCUGGCUUGGGUGCCUUCCGGUUGCUACUAACGAAGAGCUCCAUCCUAUCUUCAGAGCUACUGCUCACGGCGAGUGCCAUGGGCAUGCACUACUUUUGUGGCCUGCUGGUCAUGGGCAGUGCCAAGGGGGAUGUGCAUUUGUCGGAUAUGAAUUCCACGUGGCAUUAUCUGGAGCAUCCACAUUUUGCGCACUGCAAGCGGCAGAGCAUUGGGGCAUUGAUUACGGGCUCCAUGUAUCUGAUGCACAUGUUCCUGCUGCUCGAUCUGUUGAUGCGCAUGGAGCCGGGCGACUGGCGGCGUCAGGCCACAGGACAGCUCGGUAUGGGCUUCCCGGAUCUGAUAGCGGAACGUGCCACCGAUUUGUUUGUGUUGUCUAAGCCGGUAGAUGAUUUUCUGUGUCGUCGCUGCAAGUGCUAUGAUCGUCUGGCGCACUCUCAGCCGCUGCGCUUCAAGGACACAGACGACGAGGCAGAGGGACCCUCGUUUAUGGAGAAGGUUAUUAAUCUCUUCAUUGGCAUACGGAAUGUCCUGUUCCGCGUGCAUCCGGUGGAGAGUGAGGAGAGUUUUCUGGAGACGCCCACAAUCACGAGCACAAGUGGGGAGUCGCUGGAUCGCUACGAGUCUUCGGUUUCCAUGGAGCACGAAGAGGGACGGGCACGUCGCAGAGACUCUUGGACAUGGCGUGGCACGAGCGAUUCCUCCAGCCUUUGGGCAAAGAUUGAGGAUUGGAGUACGGCCAAUCAACCCACAAAUGAUUCUACGUUGAGGGAUGUGGACAGUAAGGAGACUAUGAUGGGAGAUAUAAGAAGCAGAAGCAGAAGUGAGCUCUUUUCGAGUGUAAGAACACGGGGAGAUUCGGAGGAUGAGGAGCCAACUUUGAAAGAGUAUAGUCCUGCGGCAAGUGAAGGGAAUGAAGAGAUUGAAGGUGGACCGAGUGAGAAUUCAACAUCAUUGGAGGCUAAAGCAGAAGAACAGGUCGCUGUCCGUGAAUCUAUUUCAGAGGAAGAAACCCCUAGGAAAAGUGAAGCAAAGCCUGCCAGUCUGCAAACAGAGGAAUCUAAGGAGAGGGAAGUUAAUAUCCAAGAAGAACAGGAUUCUUCGCCUGACGAACCAUCAAGUGAGCGCAAGAAAUUGACGUUUCAUAACGAAACUAAAGAAAGUUAG